CCAUCCCUGAGAUGGUAACCUAAGCCUAAAUCAAGAGUCCUAGCUUAACAGACUGAGCCACCCAGUGCCCUGCAGCAUUAUUUUAGUGACAAAAAGUUGGAAUGAACUUAAACGUCCCUGAAUAGGGGGUCCGGUUGAAUCAUAUACGGGCAUCAGUAUGACUCCACAAUAUAUAACUGUUAAAGUGAUAAAGGAAGAAACACACGGCUUGAUGUGGAACAGUCUACAUGAUGUACUGAGUGGAACAAGCCAGGGCAGAAAUAUGUGGAGUAUGUCACCCUUUGGGUGAAAAAAGGAGGGGGGGUGUAAGUACAUAUACUUGCAAGUUCCUACAAGCAUAAAAAAGAGUAUAAAUAGCGCUGGAAAAUUGCAGGGAACUAAUGAUAAGGGUUGCCCACACACUCCACCCCCCCUUUUUUAAGGGAGUUAUUUAAGGACCAGUGACCCUGAAAACGACUUAAAAAAUCAUCGCGAUAUAGUACUCUUAAAAAACCUACUUCUGGAAGCGCCUGGCUGGCUCAGGUGGGGGACCGUGGGGCUCUUGCUCUCGGGGGUUUGAGCCCCACGUUCGGUGUGGAGAUGACUUAAAAAAUAAAAGAUCUUAAAAAAAAAACCCCAGAAACCCACUUCUGUAAUGUGUCAAUGCGUGCUCUUCUGGUAGCUUUUACUCUGUGUGGAGCUGACGCGGUAAAAAUCCGCCCUAAGCACUGCUCUGAAGGCACGGGAGUAGGAAGGAGGACCUUUUAUUUCCUCCGGGAGUGAAGCCAAUAAAAAGUAUGAAUAGAUUCAGGCCAACCUCGUGCUCGGCGACUGGGGGCCUGCCCCGCCUUCCCCCCAGCCGGGGCUGCCCGUCGGUGCUGCCCUCCGCCUGGAGUCCCUGCUUCCUCCUUAGAGGGCAGCAGCAGAGCGUGUCGGGGACGCAUGCGUCCCAAUUUGCGCCCGGGGAAUUAAAAGAAAAGAGGGGGGAAAAAGCCCCAGCGCAACACGCGCCCCAAACAAAACCCAAGUGCAGGAAAGCGCGCGGCCGCGCAGACCUGGGCCGUGCAGGCGUCUCGGCCUCGCCCGCGUCCCCGGCCGCGGCGUGAUGCGCACGGACUGGCCCGCGACGCCCGGCCCCGCGACUGUCCCCGCACCUGGACGCCGGCCGGGUGGCCGCGCCCCAGCCGCGCUCGCUCGCCGCCGCCGCCGCCGCCGCGGCGGUCUCCCAGUGUGCCGGCGCCGUGGGGCACCUCGCUCCCCAUGGGGCCGCGGGACUGGCUGAGGACCGUGUGCUGCUGCUGCCCGUGCAGGUGCCUGGAGGGGCCCGCAGUGCCCGAGAAGGAGCCCCUGGUCAGUGAUAGCAAUCCAUAUUCUUCAUUUGGAGCGACGCUGGUGAGAGAUGAUGAAAAGAAUUUGUGGAGCAUGCCUCACGAUGCGUCCCACACAGAGGCAGACGACGACCGAAUCCUGUACAAUUUGAUAGUCGUUCGAAAUCAGCAGGCCAAGGAUUCAGAGGAGUGGCAAAAACUCAACUAUGAUAUCUACACCCUGCGACAGAUUCGAAGGGAAGUGAGGAAUAGGUGGAAACGCAUUUUAGAAGAUUUAGGCUUUCAAAAGGAAGCAGACUCUUUGUUGUCAGUGACGAAACUCAGCACCAUCAGUGAUUCCAAAAACACAAGGAAAGCUCGGGAGAUAUUGUUAAGAUUGGCUGAGGAAACCAAUAUUUUUCCAGCAAGUUGGGAGCUCUCGGAGAGAUAUCUCUUUGUUGUGGACCGUCUUAUUGCUCUUGAUGCAGCAGAAGAGUUCUUUAAAAUUGCCAGUCGAACUUAUCCCAAGAAACCUGGGGUCCCAAACCUGGCAGAUGGCCAGAAAGAACUGCACUACCUUCCAUUUCCAAGUCCCUAAAGGAGAGGCUGGGAUUCCCCACGGGGACACAACAGCCAGCCCAAGUGGGACAAAUGCAUACAGGAGACUGUAAGCACGUGGAGGGCCAGUUAAGUGAAAAAUGAUUCUAAAUCCUAUAAAAAACUAGGGGUUUGGAUAUCUGGUCUUCAUGAGGAUGCCACUGUAGGAAAAGUUCAGGUUGCAUUGAAACAGCCUGGUGAUCUUGCAUCAGGGAGUUAGGGUGAUAUUUCCUCAUGGGGGAUUGGAUUUCAAGAGCCCAUUGUCCCCAUUUGGGUUUUGGUUGUACAAUAAACUCUUGUCACUAAGCCUAUUGGGGGAAUGGGGUGCUCUAGUUAGGAAAACAAUAAGAUUGAUAGAGCUAUUGUUGAGCCCAAAUAUGGAUUACUGAAUUUUAAAUAAUUAUUAUAUAAUAUAGGGUAAUGCCAAAAUAACGCCAGGCAUUAUGUGACCUUUCUUGGAUUUGGAAGAUCCUCCAGGACCUUGGAGGUGUCAGAGGCAUCAUUUUGAAUAUGAGUUAUGUAUUCAGAGGUUUAGAUACGGUAGAUGAUGGGAAUAUCUAAGAGUGCUGCUCAGAAGGGAGUUCCAAAUAGAUCGAUCCCAGGCAGAGCUUCCUUCAGCUCUGUCUUCAGUUGUGGGACACGCGUCUUAAAUUCUAAAUAUUAGCAAUACCUGGUUACCUCAUUUUUGCAUACUAUCCAUUUCUAGACCCCAAGCCCUUGAUAUUUUAUCUGGAAUAGCAUCUGUACACUGGAAUGUUUGACCUCCACUUCCUUCUCUUCUCUUUAAUCUGUUUCUGGCGUCUUGGCUGAGAGUUGUACCUGCCCAGUGACCUUUAGCACAGACUUGUGUCUCUGCGUCUGCAGGCAAUAUUGCACGGAAGAAGGUCAUUGCUGUACUUUCUUCCAUUCAGAAGAGGAUUUCCAAGAUGGAGCAGUGCUGAAUUACAGCUUGCUUCUAGCCACAGACUGAGAAGUCCAGCCUCAAAAGUUACUUGCCACUUAAGGAAGGAGGUUGCCAGGAAAUCAUGGUUCAUGUUAUUGAAAAGACUUUCAGAACCUGUAGGAUUUACCCAUAGAUUGCUGAGAACAAUGGCGAUAUUUUUACUUUUACAGACUUUGCUCUUCUAACUUCAGGUGAAAAGGAACUUGAAUUAGUCUGUCCAGGGGAUCAUGACUUGAAAACUUUCUGAAUAGCUCUUUCGGUAGUGCACACAAUGUUUGAAGUAUCUGUUAGAGGAGACACACGUUCUCCAUUUAUUAAUGCAUUGUAGACCAGAUUAACUGACAUGUUUCAGGAAGAUUCUUUCUAGUUUAGCAAGUAAGCUAAAAGUUUUAUUUUUUAUAUUUAAUGCUUAAUCUCUCUCUUGUGUUGUUUAAAAUUAGCCUGCAGAUAAUUUCCCUCACUUCUGUAGGCUCUCGCGAGAUAAACAUAUAAACAGUGAAAUAAACAAAUAAAAACAAAAAUGAACAAAAA